UACAUUUAAUUACUUACAAAUUAACAUAGUAAGAGUUUACGAUGUUCAGACACUGCACUGUUUUUGUAUCUGUAUUCAUUUUAUGUAUAUACAGUGCUAAUGCAGCUGAAUUUAUAUUACAAAGUAAUUUUGGAUGGCCAUUAUGGAUAGGAAUACAAGGGAAUGGCGGAUUUCCAGCUCUAGAAAAUGGUGGUUUAGAAUUACAACCAGGUGAACGUAGAUCAGUUUACUCUGAUGAUAGCUGGGAAGGACGUUUUUGGGCUAGAACAGGAUGUAACUGGGAUAAUAAUUGGUGUGAAACUGGCGAUUGUGGUGGAAAUGGACCUCAAUGUGAAGGGCAUCACGGAGAACGUCCAGCUAGUUUAGCUGAAAUCGCAAAAAAUCAAUGGCUUGGCUUAGACUUUUAUGACAUCUCUUUGGUUGAUGGAUCCAAUAUUCCAAUUUCGAUGGAACCAAUUGGAGUUCAAGGCGAUGGAAGUCGUUAUUUUUGUACAAAAGCCCAAUGUGGUCAUGAUUUCAAUUCUGACUGUCCUGAAGAACUAAAGCUAUACCGUGGAGCCGAUAACCGUGUUGUAGGUUGUAUGUCUGCAUGCACAAAAUAUGGUACAGAUGAAUACUGUUGCGAAGGUGUUUAUAACGCAAAAGGAAAUUGUCGUCCGAAUGAGUGGCCAGUUAAUUAUGCUGCAUUUUUCUACGACCGAUGUCCUGAUGCUUAUAGUUAUGCACAAGAUGAUGAAACGAGUAUGUUCUCUUGUAGAGCAAACACAUACUUAAUUACUUUUGGAUAAAUACUAGAAUAAAAAUUAAUUCAUUUAA